AUGUCUUCCAUCCCCGACGAUCAUCCAAUUCACAAGUGGAUUGAUAGCCACCUUGCUGUCACUGACGAAUAUCAUGCAUUCUCCCUCUUUGGCCCCCCCGCAUUAGAUCCACAGAACGUGGAACUGUGGGAGCUCAAUACUGAUAUACCGAUUGGACCCGCUAUCCUCAAGUUACGCGGCACCAUCAAUUUUCAAAAUGGCACCUGCGAUUUUACAGUCUCCAUCAAAGUUCCAAUUUUCCCAGAGGUAAAAUUGGGAAGCAUCAAAGGGAACCUAAACGAUGGAAUUACCCUGAAGAUUGGUUCCAGCAAAUUAAUCUCCGGAUUACUUACGCUUCACCUGAUACCAUAUAACGGGAAGAAAUGGCUUGCCAUUGAUAUUGAUGUUAAUAUCCUAGGAAAGCACUACACCAAGAAAGAUGUCCGGAUUGUCCCACUCCCGUACGUAUAUUUUACCUGGACUGGUUUAUGGCUGUCCGUUUGCACAUUUAAUACCAAUCAUUAA